UCGCAAUCUUUAUUUAGAAAACUUGAGUAGUAAAUAAACACGUAUUAUUCUUCGCUGCCGUUUAAUAUUUAGAAAGAUCGACAUGCCGAAAGUAUCAAGCUCUAAAGCUGAUUUACUUAAGAAAUGGAUAAAGAAUGCUAAACAUUUAUCCACUAAUGGAACAGUUGUAUACUGUAACGCCUGUUCAAAGCAAGUUUAUUUAAAUUUCAGAUCGAUCAACACCUUGCUACAGCCAUUCACAAGGAAAUGGAGAAACGAUUUAACGGGAAAGUGCAACAAACGUUUGUUUCAACUGUAUUAUGGGGCAGCUCCCAACAAAACCAGGAUUCUAGAAAUGAAUUUUAUUUUGAUUUAUGCAACUCCAUGUCGCAAUCAAACAUACCAUGAUAUAAAUUAGAACAACCGGCGUUCCGAAAAAUUUUUAGAAAAAUAUUGUAACCGCCAUAUCCCAAAUGAAUCCACAUUGCGCAAAAACUAUUUGAAGAAAUGUUACCAGGUACGCUUAGAACAUAUUAGGGAAAAGUUAUGCAACACAAAUAUUUAUAUUCAAGUUGACGAAACCACAGAUGCAUGUGGUCGUUAUGUUGCCAAUAUACUUGUUGGUAUUUUAAACGAGUCU